AAAUCCCGCAGUAAAAUCAAAAAUGCAGUUGCAGUAAAAAUGUAAAAAACUUAAUUAUAAAAAACAUAGUCAUGCUACGUAGUGAAAAAGUUGGAAACGCUUAAGUAAUAUCAAUGUGUUAUACGGUUGCUGACGUGUGUUUUUAAUUUUCCAAUGGGUUCCAGUCAUGGAAAAACAAUUGUCGCCCGGAGGAAAAUAGAUGAAUGUACAAGUAAUUCCAGUUUGUCCAACUUACGCUACGUCAUGGCUUCAAACAAGUCAAAAUGGAAAAUGUUUAGGAAAAAGGGAGUACCUCCGAUACCUGCGUACACCGCAACGUCGUUGAAGCCGGCGAAGGGAUGCCCUUGUGGUACCAACGGACCCUGCAGGCAGAAAGUAACACCCAAAGGAGUGACAAUACACUACCCGCAAAAGAAGAAGAAAAAGUUGUUUGGAAACAAAACCUACGUUGUGCAAAAGUGUGAAAAGGGAAAUGCAAAUAAACGUCCAAAUGUGAAAACUAUUCCGCAAAGGAAGCGUCCAAUUUGGGGAUUAGACAAGAUACACUGCAGACCUGUUAUUCUGACGCCCAGGCCAUAUCAACCGGUGUGUGUUGAUUGAACUACUUGCUUGACAGUUUUGUUGUUUGAUAUUAUGUCUGUUGAUAUUUAAUAAAGCAAUUUCCGUUUUGAA